AUGCCAUCUCCACUCAAUCUCUACUUCGAAAACUUGAAGCAAAAGCACCAACUUGAUGACAUCGUCGUUAUCGAUGACAGAUCCCCUUCCAGCCCACCAGCAUCGCGAGCAAGGAAAGGGUUGAAGGCAACAAAAAGUGAUGGAUCUUGCCGAACUGCUCAGCCUAUUGAUACUGACGAUACGCAAUCAAGCACAGUGAAGGAGCAGCCACACGUCGACAGCGCCAAGCCCACUAUCUCGCGCUCUGUCCACCAGAUCAAGAAAUUUGUUGCCACCACGGCAUAA